UGGAUGGAUACUCUCAUAUCCAUUCUGCUACUAAUGGCCCCGUGAGGUGAGCCUUGGAUGCAAGGCUGACAGGUAACAAAUUCCCUCACAAAAAGAGCUUGGAGAAGAAUGAGUGGACCAGGAGAGGAUAAAGUGGUGUGUGUGACUGGAGCUUCGGGUUACAUAGCUUCAUGGCUGGUCAAGCAGCUACUUGGCCGGGGUUAUACAGUUAAAGCUUCUGUUCGAGAUGCCAAUGAUCCAAGAAAGACGGAACAUUUGACGUCACUUGAUGGAGCCAAGGAGAGACUGAAGUUGUUUCAGGCGAACUUACUUGAUGAUGGAUCCUUUGAUGAAAUAGUUCAAGGAUGUACUGGCGUUUUUCAUACCGCUUCUCCUGUUAUUUUUUCGGUUAGCGAUCCGAAGAAAGAAUUAAUAGACCCUGCAGUAAAGGGAACACUGAACCUGCUUCAAUCAUGUGCAAAAGUUUCAUCUAUCAGAAGAGUGAUCCUGACAUCUUCUACGGCUGCAGUUCUGGCAAAACCAGAGCUAAAUAAAGAUUCAUUUGUUGACGAAAGUUGGUUUUCUAACCCAUCAUACUGUGAGGAGCAAAAGAUGUGGUAUCAACUGUCAAAAACUUUAGCAGAGGAUGCUGCUUGGAAAUUCUCAAAGGAGCAUGGCAUUGACAUGGUUUCAAUCAAUCCAGGAUGGGUCUUUGGUCCCAUUCUGCAGCCUUCUAUCAAUCUAAGUGCAGGAUUGGUCCUGGAUGUAGUAAAUGGGGCUCAAUCAUUUCCUGAUGCAUGUGUUGGAUGGAUUGAUGUUAGAGAUGUUGCCUGUGCACAUAUUCAUGCCUUUGAAAUCCCUUCUGCUAAUGGAAGAUAUUGUGUUGUUGGGAAAAAUGUGCACUGGUCCGAGAUCGUCAAGAUUCUGAGGCAACUUUUCCCUACUCUUCAACUUCCAAAUAAGGGUCUAAGGAAGAUGACUAGUGGGAAAGCGGCGUGUGUGACGGCAGCUUCGGGAUACAUAGAUUGAUGGCUAGUCAAGCUGCUUCUAGACCGCGGUUAUACUGUUGAAGCUUCAGUUCAUGAUCUCAAUACGUCAUUCAAAACUCCCUAUAAGCCAUUUCUGCAAGCUGCUAAUUGUGUUUAUACUUAAUAGAUUAUUGUUGCUUUAGAUCUGUUUGUAUAAAGGUCUCUUUUAGUAUUGAUGUUGUAGAGAGCAUUGGAAUGCUGUCACGUAAAAUUUUAGAUAUCUUAAGGGAAUUUUUAAGUUGUGUUUGUA